GUCAAAAUAAGGGAAUUUGCAUAUAACCACCCUGGCGCCGCCCCUCACCUCUCAACCCCCAUAUAGCCCCACCCACCCAAUUAGUUGAAGAUCCGCCAUCAGUUUGCUGGUUUAACGAGCAGACACCAAGCGCAAUGACUACAAGCAAGAGCAAGUCACACAUGAAGUGUUGUGUUGUUGGCUGCACAGAACAACACAAAUCCUUGCACUUUCUCCCAGCCAAAGACGACAGAAGAACCGAGUGGCUCCACUUCAUUUUUGAUGGCCAUGUUCCAGCAACAGUCGGCAAAAAUCUUGUGGUGUGUGCGAACCACUUCAAGGCAGACUGCUUUGAAAAUUUAGGACAGUACACUGCGGGAUUAGCCAACAAACUUCGUUUGACAGAGGGAUCUGUACCUACUGUCCGUGGCAGGUCACAAGAGGAGAGACAUGUCUUUAGGGCUAUGCACCUACAAGUGUUCCUUUACGACACCUUUCGUUGGCAUGCGCGCACCUAUAUUGAACCUGCCAUUGUCACCAAAUGGAAGGCCUCUCAGGAUGACAUGCUGCUCCGCCUUAGUAGGGAAAAUGCCAUAAUUGGUGGCGACAUGAGGGCUGACUCUCCAGGCCACUCCGCGAAAUUUGGUAGCUACACCGUGAUGGACCUGAAAACCAACACUGUGAUUGAUGUUCAGUUGGUCCAGAGCAACGAGGUAGGUGGUAGCUACCACAUGGAGAAGGAGGGCCUGAAGAGAAGCCUUGCAUUGUUGAACGAGCGCAAGGUGACCCUUGACUGUAUAGUGACAGACCGACACCCGCAGAUACAAAAGUUCCUGAGGGAAGCUGGCAUCAACCAGUACUAUGACGUCUGGCACAUGGAAAAAGGAAUUUCAAAACAGCUGGAGAAGAUCAGCAAAAUAAAAGACUGCCAGAAGCUGAAGAAGUGGAUGCGGGCCAUAAGAAAUCACAUAUACCAGACUGCGGCAACAUCUGCGUAAGGACCAGAGGGGGUGGCAAAAUGGACCUCCAUCCUCAACCAUGUCCGGGACGUCCACACCCACGAGGACUCAAAUUUCCCAGCCUGUCUGCAUCCAGUUCGCAAAACCCGCGACAAGAACAAAUGGCUGGUAUCAGGAACUCCAGCGUUCUACCAGCUGGAGAAGGUGCUGAGUGCCAAAAGAGUCCUCAAGGACAUUGCUAAGCUUAGCCCCCACCACCAGACCUCAUCAUUAGAGUCAUUUCACAGUGUGAUCUUGCAAUUUGCUCCAAAAAAUGGGGUGUUUCCUUUCCUUGGGAUGCUUUGCAGACUCAACCUGGCUGCUCUGCAUUACAAUGAGAAUGCUGCACGAGACCAGGCCACCUCAUCCUCUGGGGACCCUCUCUACAGGAUGCAUUUCCCAAAGUACAGGAAGGGAGAGUGCAGGGUGAAACCC